AUGGAAAACCUGAGAAAUAUAUGGAAGCCAGAGUUGUAUCGUAUUCAAAUAGAGGCCCCUCAGCCUAAACGCAUUGUUUGUGAAGAUUGCCCUAACCGUCCCGAAUUUUAUGGAAAGGAAUAUCACGGUAUAAUGGGAAAUAAAGAGGCUUCAUAUUUAUUAGAAGACGAGCCAAAUGGAGCGUUUUUAAUCCGUAAAGGCAAUGAAUAUAAUGAUUUUUUCACAUUGUCCUGGAAGUUUAAUGACAGAAUUCAUCAUUACAAGGUAUAUUACGACGGGAGCCAUUAUUUAAAAGAAAAACGAUAUGAAACCAUUUAUGACUUAGUUGCUGAUGGUCUUAUAACAUGCCACAUGGAAUUAAAAGCACACCAUAUCCUUGAAAUGAUUAAUUCUAGUACCAAUUACACUGAGAGUCCAUAUGUCACACUUAACAGGAAGAAAUUGAAAACCUUAUCGCAGAUACACCAGGCAUCAAAUAGAUCUAGUCCUAUCAUCCAGAGGAAUGAGAAAAUACUAGAAGCAACUAAUAAUAACCAACCGCUUUUCAAUUUGACACCGACUCUUGAGGAUCCACCACCAUUAUACAAAUAUUCCAAGUAUCACAGUUUCAAGGUUCAUACGUUCAAAGGGCUUAAUUGGUGUGAAUUGUGUGCUAAUUUCCUGUGGGGGUUUACUGCUCAGGGCGUUAAAUGUGAAGAUUGUGGUUUUAUAGCGCACACCAAAUGCUCAGAAAGGGUCCCAAAUCAUUGUGUACCUGACUUGAAGAAACUGAGAGGUGUUUUUGGUAUUGACUUAACAACUCUACUGAAUGCUCACUCCAGCACUUUACCGUUUGUUGUAAGGAAGUGUGUUAACGAGAUAGAGGCUAGAGGGAUGGAUUCAGAGGGGAUUUACAGAGUAUCUGGUUUCGCUGAUGAAAUUGAAGCCUUGAAAUUGGCUUUUGACAAAGAUGGUGAGGCAGCCGAUUUAAGUGUGUACAGCAAUAUAAACGUUAUUGCCGGGACGCUGAAAUUAUAUUUACGUCUUCUGCCAGUUCCUCUUAUCACGUAUGAAGUUUACCCGAAGCUCAUCUCGGCAAUACAAAUGAAGACCAAUGUGGUUCAAGUGGCAGCUUUACGCGAGUGCUUGGAUACUUUGCCACCAGCGCACUUCAACUGUUUGCAGUAUAUGGUACAACAUUUGCAUAGAGUGUCACAGCACGCUGAAAUCAACAAAAUGUCCGCCCACAAUUUGAGCACUGUUUUCGCGCCAACUCUGGUUGCAACUCCGCCAGCGAUCACCGACCUGUCUUUAGAAAUAAGAGUGCUACAGUCACUAAUCGAGAACUGCGCUCAGAUAUAUUAUAUAAAUAAAUAA